AUGACCACCAAGGAGGAAAUCGAGCUCUGGGACAAGGGCAUCAAAGCCUACGAGAAGGGCGACUUCAACGGUGCCCUGGGGGCAUUCAAGGAAAUUGGAGAUUAUUCCCGCAUCUCGUUCAACAUCGCCAUGGUCUACUCUCAACUGGGCGACCACUACACUUCAUCCAUGAUGUACACCCGCGCCAUUGCUGCCGAUCCUUUCUUUGCGAUCGCCUUCUUCCAGCGUGCAUACAGCAGCUUUGCCAAGCAAGACUAUGAAUACGCCAUCUCGGACUACGACGAGGCGCUCAAGCUCCUGCGCGACAACGAUAACAUCGACUAUGCCCAGGUGGGCCUCAAAUACAAGCUCUAUCGCUGCGAAAUCCACUUCAACCGUGCCAUGUGCUUCGAGAUGCUUGGCGACUCCAAGGAGGCCUCCAGGGACAUUGAAAGCGCCCGGCUGGUCGUUCGAACCUCGGAGCACAAGAAUAUCAUCGAGCGAGCAGCCCGUGUGGGCUUGCAGGAAAUCACCAUCUUUACCGUGCCGCACGAAACCCUCUUCACUGUCAGCGAGUCCAAGAUGAAGAAUCUCAAAAAGAAGCAGUAUCUGGACGGCGCCAAGGUCGUCGUCGCCCGUGACAACGACGACACCUUCACAGGCUUCUCUGGUGCCGCCAUCACCAGUCCUGGUCCACAGCGCACCAAGACCACCGAGGCCUAUGACUACCUCAACGGCAACCGACGGUUCGAAGAUAUGGACGAUAUUUCCAAGUUCCCAACCUCAUCGCUACCGCGCAAAACCACCUUUGACGGGCCCACCCCGAUUCCGCCGGGCCCUCGCCACAAGGCCAGCAACCCCGGGCUCCCCCGGGCUGGAACCUUCCGCGACGAGGCCCUGCCGAUCCCCCUCCGACUCAACUCGGACUCGAGUGACGAAUACCAGGACCCUGGUCGCAGCUAUCCGAGUCCGCCCAUGAACACUCGACACACUCCGCGCCUCUCGUCGCUAAGCCGACCGGUGAUCCCAAGAUCCAACACCGAGAACAGCAUCCAAGGGUCGAUCUUUGGCCGUGAUCAAGAGGAUAGCAUCGCCCCAAGCGCCAGUCUCUCGAAUUCCGGCUACACAAAGUCAAAACUGGGCAAGGUGAGGGAUUCGUGCUGA